ACUCACUUCUUCACUCUACACAAAACCCAAAAGCUGAGAGAGCAGAAAAGCGAAGAGAGCACUAGAAGAUGGAGGGAGCCGGGUCCAGACUGAGCCGAGCGUCCUCCAGGUACGGCCCAACAACCACCGUCUUCAGCGGCCCGGUCAGGAGGUGGAAGAAGAAGUGGGUCCACGUGCCGCCAUCACCGUCCUCCUUCAGCUCUCGCUCCCAAUCCAACGCCCGAAACAACGACAACAGCUCUCGCCUCCUCCUUUGCCGCUGGACCCCAAUUUCUUCCGCACCUAACUCCGCAGCCGCCGAGCCCGGCUCCGGCGAGGAGCGGCCCCGCCGGAAGUUCCGCUACACGCCUGUUGUUUUGCUAGAGGAGCAGAGGAAGGCGGUUGAGAAAAGGAUUGAGGACAUGGAGGAUGCGGAGAACGCUAGUGAGGGAGACCAAUCUACUGUGCUGAGUGAUAAGAUGUAUGGGAAGUCAAACGCUGAUCAAGUCAAGGAGCAAGAAGCUGAGGAAUUGGAUAAUAAUGGUUCGCAGGCCUCAAGUAUAAACAAUCUGAAUUUAGAUCUGGGCUUGCAAGGUCACAGUGGCAACCUGGAAUUAAUGAACAAAAUGAAAGAGGCUCAGACGAAAACUGCAAGCUCAGGUGGGUUUUGGUUGCAGUGAUGUGUAGCAUUUGUCAAGACAAAGCUAGAGAGGCCUAGAAAGUAAGGUAGUAACAUGAAGUCAACAUUUGGUGACCCACUGUGGAUGUCGUGUGUUUUCUAUAUUAGUCUGAUACUGCUUAUGAUGUAUGUAACUAAGCAUUAGGAUGGAUUCUGUAGGGUUAGUAAGGACCAAGUGCUAUGUUGUGGUAGUACAUAAUGAAAUAGCAGCUGAUGUUUGACUGCUUGUAUAA